AUGGCUCAAGCCGUUAUAGAGGCGAUUUGCACCAGGAGGUACGAACAGCAGCCUCGAAGCAUACUCAUGUCGGCUACUCCGCCUCUGCAGGAUGACUCAAUCCAGGAUGCGUCCAAUGCUGCAGAGAUACUCCCGGACAAUUGGCCUCAGAACAUUGUUUACUUGUCCGAUCUCAAGUAUACUGAAGCAGCGCUGGAGUUGAAGCCAAAGCUGACGCUGUCUCCUUCCGAUACUGGCUCCUGGACCAAGAUCCCGAUCGAGCUGACUCGAUCGCCCUGCAGUCGUGUCAAAAUAGUGACCAUCGGCGACCAGAAGCAUCCUGCUUACGGCCAAAGAGGCCUUUUCGCUGCAGAGAAUCUGAUUCCAGACGCCUUCAUCCUGCCGUACGUAGGCGAAGUCCACUGCAAUAGCCUGUCCGAUACGAACCCGCACAGCGACUAUGAUCUGAGUCUGGAUCGCGAAAUUGGUCUGAGUGUUGACUCUGCCUACGCCGGCAAUGAAGCGAGAUAUUGCAACGACUAUCGAGGUGUCGCUGAGCGUGCCAAUGCUGAAUGGCGAGACUGCUAUGUCCAGGUACCGUCCAUGAGGAGAGCUGGUGGCAAACGCUGGGAGCGCCGCGUUGGCAUCUUCGUCGUAUCUGCUGGGAAAGCAGGCAAGCGAACAGCUGGGAUCAAAGCUGGCGAGGAGAUCUUGAUCAACUACGGCAAAGGCUUUUGGGAAGGCCGGAAGACUCUGGUCAGUGAAUAG